GGAAUAUACGAGUAUAUGUCAGAAUUCCAUUUGACUCAGGUAUUUAGAAAUCAAGUUGCUUAAUCUGUAUAUCUCGUAUUUUAUCUGCGUAUGGUCAAACAACGCAAAAGAAUUCUAAAGUUCUAUCACACCGAUACCAAAAAAAAAAAAAAAAAAAAGAGUUCUAUCACACAAUAUUUUUUGGAAAUUUUUUCCCGAGUAUCUAGUAAAAAAUAAUACAGAGAAUGGCCAGGCGUAUGAUUGAAAUUCAAGAGCUAUAUUAUGUUGCCACUGAUGAUUUUAUAAUAUAAGCCAAUCUGUCACAAGCUUGAAAGAUUCAAAUCACAGUUUCAGGCGUGUCGCGCCUAUGUACAACAUGGCAGUGUGUAACUAAACACGUUGACCUCCAUUUAUCUUCAUGAACAUUCUUCGAUCAACAUUAAAAAAAACAACGGCCUAACUGCUUAUUAAGGCCCAAGACAAAAAUAUAAUCUGCACAGAUACACAUUGUACCGAUGGAGUUACCUCGUGUUGUGAAGCAGUACGAUGUGUUCCUCAGCUUCCGAGGGGAAGAUACUCGCAAAGGCAUAGUCAGCCAUUUGCACAGAGCAUUUCUUGCCAGGGGUAUUGACAAAAUCUUCAAAGAUGAUCAAACACUUGAGAUUGGCGACUCCAUUUCAGAAGAAAUCAAGGAAGCUAUACAUAAUUCGAAAUUUGCAAUCCUAGUUAUCUCAAUGAACUAUGCUUCCUCGACUUGGUGUCUAGACGAGCUCCAAAUGAUAAUGGAGCUUCACAAGGAAAAGCAACUCACUGCCGUUCCAAUCUUCUACAACGUUGAUCCCUCCGAUGUACGACACCAGAGAGGAACCUUUGCCUUAGAAAGGUACGAAUGUUCAAGAGUUAUGCUACUAUUUUCAAGCAAGAAAAGAGCAAUGGCGGCAAAGAUUCAGAAAUGGAGAGAAGCUCUCAGGGAGGUCGCAGGAACAUCAGGCAAAGAUUUGAGUACUUGGUGAGUUUUCACUUUUCAGCUGCAUUUUCCAUGUAAAUCACUAUUACUAAGCAUCCUCUAUAGUGGAACCAAACAAAGAUGAUAUAGAAUAAGUUGUUAGUUAUGAAAAAUGAAGAUACACGUGUCGCAACGAAAAUCGCCGACUGACUUCUCUUUUAUAUAAUAAAGGAUGAGUCAUGAGAAAUGACCAUGAAAGCGGAUGAAGAAUA